AUGUCCAGAUCAUCGUCAUCCAAAAAUGACGCUUCCAACAGCAACGUGUCUUCCGGAGCAAGACUGGGAUCUUUAAAGUCAGGUACUUUAUUUGGGAAACCCGUCAAUAAAAAGCCUAACCUGCUCAAUAGUUUCUCCUACAACAACUCACAUUCCUCUUCUCUUAACUUCUCCUCCUUUAAGCCUUCGGUAACUACAAAAUCUGUUUUCGAUCGCUAUAAUAACACCCAUGAUAGUGCAAGUUCAAAGCGCACUUUAACUACCCCUGUGUCCAGUAUACCCUCUUUGGACGCUAAGCCAUUGACACGAGAUGAGCUGCAUGUUGUGAGCAAACUUGAGAUUGUCUUCACAAGCGUUCCUACCAAAAUGUUGCACUAUGCUGUUCGUCAGAAGCAAACAUUUGAGCGGGCUGCAGAUUGGCUAGAAGAUCAAGAUGAGCUGUCAAGCAUCCGCCCAGCUUCAAUAGCUGCUGUCAAUCAAAGUUUCACUAGUAACAUUUCGAAAAGGGAAUCACCAUUUUCUAGUACCUUGACAUCAAAAAGAGAAGUUUCGAAACCUCAUAAAUCUAUCCGAGAAAAGUUUAGUGCAUCAAAUAAUUCCAAACCUGCUAAACGCAACGAUAGUCUUGAAGAAAUAGUACCCCCUCAGAAAAGAAAACGGCGGCUUUUAAAGAGACCUAAUUCACCUGUCGUUUUAUCCGACAAGGACGAGGAUAGUAGUGAGGUAGAUGACGAAGAUGAUAUUGUUUAUACGGGGUCUCGGAAAAAGAAAUCACACACCAAUCCUGCAUCUAAACGAAGACUUUUAAAGAAAUCAGAGUCAUCGUCGCCAAUUGAGCUAUCGGAAGACGAUUCCGAUGGUAUUGUUGAAUAUAAACUUGAAGAGGAAGAAGUUGAUUUCGAUACUCGUAUUCUUCAAUUUUUAAACACUGCAUCACUCGAAGACAUUGCGGAUAUUUCAGCAGCAGAGCUGCCUGUAGUAAAAGCCCUUGUGGAUGCCCGACCCUUUAAUACUUUAGAUGAUGCAAGAUUAGUCACAGAUCCUUUUCAGAAAAAGUCUUCAAGGUCGAAAACAACUGGCGAAAAAAUUGUGGACGCCUGCUCUUCAACGUUAAAGGGUUAUGACGCUGUUGAUUCGCUUAUACAGAAAUGCGAAGAACUUGGUAAACAAGUUUCUCGAGAUGUCGCUAAGUGGGGUAUCAGUAUUUUUGGUGAAAAGGGCGAAAUCUCGUCCAGACCUACUGAUCCAGAUGUUGAAAUGACUGACCAAGAAAAUGAAGACGAUGAAAUCACUUCUAGGUCUCGCUUUCGACGCAGAAAUGUUAUUAAUACCCAAGUUUCAAAAUCUUCAAAAUCUUCAAAAUCUUCAAAAUCUGAGGGCAAUGGAGGAUUUUUCAGUGAUCCUCCUACACUUUUGGGACCAGAUGUUACCCUUAAAGAUUAUCAGCAAGUUGGUAUCAACUGGCUUUCUCUUCUUUACAGGAAAAAACUCUCGUGUAUUUUAGCUGACGAAAUGGGUUUGGGCAAAACAUGUCAAGUUAUUUCAUUUUUGGCACACUUAAAAGAAAUUGGCAAGAACGGCCCACAUUUGGUUGUUGUUCCUUCCUCCACCCUUGAAAACUGGCUUCGUGAGUUUCAAAAGUUUUGUCCAUCCUUAGUUGUUGAGCCUUAUUAUGGGAGUCAGGGUGAGCGUGCAGACAUUCGAGAUGCUCUUAGCGGUCCCGAUGCCUCUAAUUUUGACGUUAUGAUUACUACAUAUAAUCUAGCCUGUGGAUCACCUGCAGACUUUUCAUUUCUAAAGCAUCAAAAGUUCAAUGUAUGUGUGUAUGACGAGGGUCAUAUGCUGAAGAACAGCUUGUCAGAGAGAUACAAUAAACUCAUGAGGUUAAAUGCUCGUUUUAGACUUCUCUUGACUGGUACGCCUCUUCAAAAUAAUCUUAAGGAAUUAAUUUCCUUAUUAGCAUUCAUUUUACCAGACAUUUUUGUUUCUCGAAAAGACGACUUGUCUGUCAUUUUUAAGCAUAAGGCUCGAUCUACUACUCAGUCAACCAGGGACUCUUCUCCUUCCAUGUCGUCAGCCGCUGCGUCACCAGACCCUAGUGGAAUAGAAACAAGUGCCAACAAUACCCCUGUGCCUGAAAAUGGCAAGGAUCCUUUAUUGUCGGAACAACGAAUUGCUCGUGCAAAAACUAUGAUGACGCCCUUUGUUUUGCGACGGAAAAAAGAGCAGGUACUUCAGAAUCUGCCUCCAAAGACACAUUCGAUUGAAUAUUGCGAUCUUACUGAUCAACAAAAAGUUAUUUACGAUCGCGAGCUUGAAAUCAGCAGAGCUGCUAUUCGAGCUCGCAUGGCUGGCGAGAAAAACGCCAAAGUUGUUGGUAAUGUGUUGAUGCGGCUCCGCAAAGCAUCUUUGCAUCACUUGCUUUUCCGUGAAAUUUACAACAAUUCGGUUAUUCACAAAAUGUCUCAGGAAAUUUUGAAGGAGCCUCGAUACCUCGAUGCAAACCAGCAAUUUAUUUUUGAAGAUAUGGGGGUUAUGACUGAUGCUGAGCUCAAUAAACUUUCUGAAGAUUUUCCUUCUAUUUCUCAUCACCGAUUGUCUCAAGAUGAAUGGCUCAAUAGCGGUAAGAUUGAAAAGCUCAAAGAGCUUUUACCGGAAAUGAAGUCUCGGGGGGAUCGAGUGCUUAUCUUUUCACAGUUUACGCAAAUGCUUGACAUUUUGGAACGCGUUCUCAACAACAUGGGCAUUACCUUUUUGCGCAUGGACGGUCAAACGCCUGUCGACAUGCGCCAGGAUAUGAUUGACAAAUUCUACGAAGAAAAGGAUAUUACCGUCUUUUUGCUUUCUACAAAGGCUGGUGGUUUUGGUAUCAAUUUGACUUGUGCCAACGUUGUUAUCAUUUACGACCUGAGCUUCAAUCCCCAUGACGACAAGCAAGCAGAAGAUCGAGCGCACCGUGUUGGUCAAACUCGAAAUGUACAAGUGAUCCGGUUAAUAACACGAAACACAAUUGAGGAAAAUAUUUUGGAACUUGCCAAUACAAAACUUGCUCUUGAUCGUAGCAUUAGCGGAGAAACUGAGACGGAAAGUGAGAAAACUAGUGAGAAAAAUGCAUUGUUCAUUGCAGAUCAGUUAUUUCAAGAUGUCGAAAAUAAAAAUGUCGAAAAAUAA